AUGCCCUCGCCUGCGCGGGUUAAAACUCGCAUUUGCAUGAUCUCCGAUACCCACACCAACGUCCCUCUCCCAGCCGACGAAAAGAAGCACGCAUACCGAGACCCGCUUCCAAAAGCCGACGUCCUUCUCCAUGCCGGCGAUCUUACCAAGGUCGGCUACAAAGUCGAGCACGAGGCCAUGGUCUCGAUGCUCAAGGCCGCAGAUGCCGAGCUAAAGCUCGUCAUCGCCGGCAACCACGAUCUCACCCUCGACGAAGAAUACUUUACCGAUUUCGGCUACACACGGCACCGCAAGCCCAUUCGCCUCGGCGCCGCACAACCAAUCCUCGAAGACGACGAGCAGUCCAUCACGCAAACAAUCCGCAAUGGCGCCGUCCCUCCCCUCUCAGACCUGAAAGCCUACGUCCGCCGCAUCAAAGACCUCUGGACCAACCAAUCCGCCCGGGAUGCAGGCAUCCGCUACCUCGAAGAAGGCGUACACUCAUUCACACUAUCCAAUGGCGCAAAACUCACCGUCUACGCUUCGCCAUACCAACCGGAAUUCUGUCGCUGGGCUUUCGGCUACCCCCGCAGUGAAGAUCGCUACAAUCCUCCCUUUCCAGGCACCAGCUCCAGCUCCGAUCCACCUGCCAACCCGGUCCCUGACCACCCAAAUAUCGAUAUCAUGCUCACACAUGGUCCACCAGCUGGUAUCCUCGAUCAAGUAGGAACGGGCAACAUAACCGACCGCACUGGAAUAUCAUCAGAAAACCAUGUAGGCUGUACGCAUCUUCUCCGCGCUGCUGAACGUGCUCGUCCCCGCAUCUACCUUUUCGGACAUAUUCAUGAAGCAUGGGGCGCAGUGCGCGGUACUUGGAAUACCUUCGCCGACGGCGGGGUCGAGCAAGAGCCUAUUAUUGUAAAAGAAGAAGAGAUGGUCGAGAACCGCGGCGCGUUCUAUGAUAUGAGCGAAAGCGGAGAGAAGCCGCUGGAGUUUGGGAGGGAGACUUUGUUUGUUAAUGCUAGUAUUUGUACACUCUCUUACAGGCCGGAGAAUGCGCCUUGGGUUGUUGAUUUGGAUCUUCCUCUGGCUGGACUGAGGCCACUCUGA